UCCGGGCCGCCGCCGCCGCCGCGGCCCUGCCCGAGCCGUGAGCGCGCCGCGCUCCGCCCGCGGCACCGGCCGGGCCUCCGCGGCUCUGCCGGGCAGCGCGUCCGGACCGGGCACAUCCCGGGCCCUUCCGCCGCAGCGGCGGCGGCUCCCGGCGGCGGAGCGGAGCGUUUUUAUUCCAGGACAGUUACCAUUGCUGGAGAUUCCUAAUGCCGGAUACCCAACCCACUGCCGAAUAACCAUGAAAGAGAGGAGGUAGCUGCCCCCAGCGCGAGGGAAAAUCUGAUUUCAAUGGAUACAAAAUACAAAGACGAUUUAUUUAGGAAGUAUGUACAGUUCCACGAGUGCAAACUGAACGCCUCUGACAGCAAGCAGCGUCCUAUUAACGAUGAGUACUUGCGAGUGGCAGCAGCAGCCUUACUUUGCCUUCCCAAAAUUGAUCCCUUUUAUAGAUUCCGGUUGAUAAAAUUUUACGAGAUGGCUGAAAACUCACUGAGAUCUGUGAAAUCCUCAAGUUUACAUUGUCUCCGUAAUGCAUUCAACAUGCUUGAGACACUUGGAAUUAAUCUCUUUCUGUACCCCUGGAAAAAGGAGUUCAAAAACAUUAAGACCUACACUGGACCCUUUGUUUAUUAUGUCAAGUCUGCUCUAGCGGAAGAUGACGUGAGGCAGAUUCUGAGCUACAUGGGCUACGUCCAAGAGCUGGGAACGACGUUUAAGCUCAAGGAGCAGGUCGACGCCAUUCAAGUGAAAAUGAUUUCAUUCGAGCUCUUCCUGGCCAAAGUGGAGUGUGAGCAGCUCCUGGAGAUCCACCUGCAGGUGAAGGACAAGGGCUAUUCCGAGGUGGAUGUGGUGAAGGAGCGCAAGAGCAGCAGCGAGGACGUGCGGGGCUGCGCGGAGGCCAUGAGGCGGCGCCUGGAGUGCAAGGAGGCGCUGAGCACGUCCAUGGCGCGCAUGGUGCUGCAGAAAUCGGCCAGCGAGCGCGCCUCCAAGGACUACUACAAACCAAAGGUCAGCAAGCCUUCCAAGUCGGUGGAUGCGUACGACAGUUACUGGGAGAGUAAGAAACCGCCUCUGAUGAGCUCGCUGAGCCUCAGGAAGGAGCCGAUUUUGGUCGAUGCAGAAGAUGACAUCAAAGAUGAAAUUAUCCGUCCGUCGCCCUCUCUGCUGACCAUGUCCAGCUCCCCACACGGCUGUUCUGAUGAAUACCUGCCGACUUCCUCUCAUCACAAUGGCAUGCUAAGAACAAAUGUCCCUUACGGCUCCUAUUUUUCUGCUCAAGAGGACUUAGAUUUAUAUACUGAGCCUGAUUCUAGAAGCGUGUUAAAUUUUAAAAGACAAGACGCUAUUAAGCCUGACGUGUGGCUGUUAAAAAGCGAUGCCAACCCCGUUUACCACAAACGCACCCACCUAGCCAAAGAGACAGCUUCCUCCAAGUGCCAGAACUGUGGCAUACCUUGUGGCGCUUCUGUCUGCCAGAAGUGUGACAGCCUGUUCGGCUCGAGGCAGGAGUACCCAGCAGUGAAACAGAGCUCCUACUCCAUCAAAGCCCUCCCGAGCGAUGGCUUGUCUCCCGCCUCGGCUCUGCGGGAGAAAUCCCAGUACACGUCACAGACUCAGGGCCAGGACAGGGCUGCUCAGUUUGGCUCCAAGCCCAAGCCUUCGGGCACCUCGCGCUGCGGCUUCUGCAACCGCUCGGGAGCCGCCAACACGUGCACCUUCUGCUCCAAGGUCUCGUGCGACUCCUGCCUCAACGCCUACUACUACGACCCGUGCUGCAGGAAGAGCGACCUGCACAGGUUCCUGCCGAACAACCAGCUGAACUACAAAUCGUCCCAGCUGUCCCACGUGGUUUACAGAUAGGCUGCAUGAGUCUGAUCGGGAAGGGAAGGGGAGAGGAAAGGGCUAUCCUAACUCAUGUUCUGACUCCACGCUGACCUCUUGCCAAAAUCACAUGUCCAGAUAUUUGGAACCGUGGUUCAGUGAUCAGGUGCCAGUUCUUGAUUUUUGUGGCUUCACAGAUGCUGCAGAUCCAUUAGAUUUCAUGCUGCUAUAAUUUAAGUAACUCCUAGAUGAGCAUUGCUUUUUAACUUACAUGGGGGAGAAGAGCACAUUUUUCCUUAAAACUUGGCAGCUGUUGUAUUUUUAAAAAGUGACAUCAUACCUUCCUAUUAUAUCAUAUCUUGCCCAAAUAAAACCAGGCAGUAUUUGAAAAUAAAAUCAGAGAGUUGAGAUUCUCAUUUUCUAUGAGUGAUGGAACCACUGCCAGUUUUUGAUAAAGUAUGACUUUGAAAUGUGCAGGAAAUACGAGAAUGGCUAAUUUUGCCAACAAGGACUAUUUUUUGAUGUGUGUCUGCAUUUCUUGACCUCCAAAAUGCAAACACCGUAACCUCUCUUCCUUUUGUCUUUGUUUCCUCCUUCUCCCCUUCUUUCCUGGUUGUUUAUCUCAAGCUUAUAUAGCCUGAAUCUGGACAGUGUGUGCUUUAUUUUCCGGUGUUGCCAAUAUCAUCCUGCUGGGUUUCACUGUAUGGUAUUUUAAAGAGGUGAUCCUGUACCUGUGUCGCUCAGAUGAUGCCUGGAGUGUUGUCCUCUCAGAUGAGUGUCCAUUUUCUUUCUGUUGCACAUGGUUUAAGUACUGUUCUUUGUACUGUAAAUAGGUGAUUUGGAAACAGUUUAUUUUUAAUAAAUAUUUAAUAUGUUGAGUUCUUAAAAGUGGUAGAAUCAUUAUAACUAUGAAGUCUCUCUGGGUUUUUUGUUCAGGUGACUUUUUGUUUUUCCUCGUACUGUAUUUCAUAGCUUAUUAUAGCCACUGUGGCAGAAUGAUGUUCUUGGCUCUGAUCAGUUCUUGGGUUUUAAUCUGACAUUUUUUUUCCCUCUGAUAAGGCUGGCACUCAUCUGAGUGGAGUCUUGUCUAAGAAUUGCAGGAUUUGCUCUCAGUGCACGCUUUUUCUUUGUGGUUAUGGAAAUUGUAAGUAUCAAUGUUCUGCUUGCUCCCAAAUUCACUGCCAGUCUGUCUGUAAUGUAGUCCAGCAAGUAAAGCACUGGCCUGGUUAAAAAUCAGAGCUCAUUUGUGACUCCUGUUCAAGUGAACCCAUCAGUUAUGGAUGUGAAUCAGAUAAUGACCUCUGUCUCCUGCUGUAGCACUUGGGAACCCUGGCUGAGAGCCAGGACUCCCUUGUGUUGGGCUCUGUACAGUUUGACCCCCAAACACCACCAGGUUAUGAAUAGGUUUUAGUUUUUUAUUAAAAAAACCCCUAAGAAUCCUAACUCCUUUAUUCCAACUAUAGCUAGUUAGCACAAAGUAUCAGGCAACCUAAUCUGAUGUGCAGAAUUAAAUGUGUUUAAAAUAUCUGUAAAGAACUCUAGCUGAGAUGUAAACUGUAGUCCACUUUGCACUGAAAUGAUUCACUUUGGGGUUUUUAAUCACUGUUAGAGUCUAGACUUCUCAACUUCAAUGUCCAUCACUCCCUGUGUGACAGGAACAUGCAUGAAUGAUUGUUUGUCUUACAUUUUUUGGGGUGGGGGGGCUUCAGGUAGGUAGAGGGGAAAUUACAUAGGCUAGUGUUGUAAAAUAGCUAAAAAAAUUUUAGCCAUAACUGCGUGUCAGAAGCAUUAUGGAAAUAAGAUGAAACCUGGGUCUUAAAGAGGGCUGAGAAAAAUAAGUUACUGUCCAGUUUGCACUAAGAAACAAAGUGAACAGAGUGUGUUGAACAAUCAGGGAAAUUCUGAAUCAAGGGACUGCAACUGAGCAUAAUGUCGAGGGCAAGUACUGCCUUGCUGACCCUGAAGGUUGGGGUGAAUAUUGAUAAAGUGAAUGAUUUUAAGGUUUUCAAUCUUGUAUGUUUUUUAUAAAUAUAUAUAUAUAUAAAUAUGACACAAAUGUAGAUACAUUAUGUAUAUAGUGAAGAAUUUAAAAACAAUUUUACUAUUAAAAUGCAGUCUAAGGGUGAAUUUAAUUUUGGUGGUUAUUUGGGUUUUGUUCACCUUCUGCAGUUUCAUGCCUGUUUGGCUGCUCUACAGUGUAUCUUCUAGUUCACCAGUUCAAUUUCCAUAUGGCUCCUCACACUACAGUGAAUAACUUAAAACUGUGAUGCCACGUAAUUUUUAUGGUGACCAGGGCAGGGGCUAUACCUGCUCUGAAAAAGAGAAGUCCUCUGUAUAUAUGUCAUGGAAUCCUGUAGUACAAACCUGUGUUGAAUUGAAGUGAUACCAUGCUCUAUUUUUGUGUAUCUUACUGUAUGAGGUUGCUGUGAUUGAUACAGUAAAAUAUAUGCGGAUUUAAAAUGCAGGUGUUUUGCAUCUGAUUUGUUUAAAUUAAUUUAUGUUUUGAAGGAAUUUAAAAAUAAAGAGGCCUUUAAGAAAAGGCUUCACUCUUUUCUUAAA